UUCAUUUCAGAUAUUUUCGGCCUCUUAAACCUACUCACAGAUAUUAGAGACUAAAAAAACCUACUCACAGAUAUUAGAGACUUUUAAAACUGUGUGUGGAUUAUCGAUACAAGUAUUAUAAUACUAUCAGCUAUUUUAUGUUAUGAAUUAUUGAUAGCUAAUAUAUUGAUUCUUCAACUUUGACCUCUGAUUAUUCUAAAAAUGAUGGAAAUAGAAGAGGAGGUAACUCCGGUCUACAGUCAACAUGUUUGUUUUAUUUGUAAAAAAUUUUACACUCAACCAAAGAUCUUGCCAUGUCAGCAUUAUUUCUGCUGUGCUUGCCUUAACCAAUAUAUCCAGUCUCGCCUUGAUGCCUUUGAGCGGAGUUGUUUCCCAUGUCCCCUAUGUCGAGAGAUCGUGCCAGCACCGGAUCAUACAAGACAUCAGAUGUACUGGGCCCAGCUGUUCCCCUCUGUUGACAUCGAUAGCAUAAUUAAAGAAGCACAGCACGGAGUCUCUAAAGAAUGUCAUUUGUGUAAACGAAGAUAUCGACCAAGAAAAUCCUUAAUAGAAUAUUCCAUCUGGUGUGAUACAUGUCGUCUGUCCUUGUGUCAUGAAUGUGAAGGUCAACACCGCAGCCAACACACGGACCACGUCUUCAUGCCCAUUAUUGACAGCUCUAAAUCUCGCAAUAAGUUGAAUUAUCGUCGUGCAUGUUCCAUUCACCGAGAUGAAUUCAAUGAUUACUACUGUCCAACGUGUCUACUUUCCGUUUGUACGAAGUGCGUGAAGAAAUAUCACUACCAUUGUAACGAAAUUGACGUUAUUUGUGAGGAUUUGUCUGAUACCAUUCCGGUUAGUGUCAUAGAUUCCUUAUCAUGCAGUAGUCCUUCUCGGAGUCCAUACUCAAGCCCUUUUCGUAGACUUUCUUAUUAUGAAUCAAGGGAGACUAUUCAGCCCCUAAAAUCUGAACCAUUAUAUUGUGAAUCUCCGCCAUGCAAAUCAAUUAAAAACAUAUUUUCGAUAGAAACACAUCUAAAUGAUGAUAUUGUGCCACCGAUGUUAGAAGAUCUCAUCGUAAUGACGAUAAAUGGCACGACAACCGUAAUCGUCACAGAUAUCGAUAAUAAUUGUUUGAAAAUUUUCUGUAACAAGCAAGGCGAGGAUUCGAAUUCUGUUUUAAAACUUUCCUGUAAAGCUUACCGAUUAACAGAACUAGAAAAUGACCACAUUGCUGCAACCAUGCCGUUAUCGGCUAAAAUCGUUGUAAUUAAGGCCCGAUCACAAGAAUUUGAAAUACGCUCAACCAUCAAAACUAAGAAACGAUAUUGUGGAAUUGUGGGAUUAGAAGGCCAUAGGUUAUUGGUCGGAACAGCUUGGGCAAACCCAGUGGCUUUGGACAUUUUGAAUAGCGAUGGAGAAAUUCUUGUGUCGGUGGAAGAAGACAACAUGGGUCGCUCUCUAUUAGCAGCAUCCUUGACCUAUAUAAAGAAAGCACCAUCUGGUGAUAUAUUGGUAACUGACUGGAGUAAAGAGACCGUACUUUGCAUGUCCCCAGAUUUGACGUCUGUCAUUUGGAAGUACCAGGAUGUGAAUCACAGGAUUGAUCACCCACUCGGUUUCGACUGUGAUCCAUACGGUAGAAUCUACGUGGCUGAUUUAGAAGGAAAUAGUGUAGUAGAGUUAUCCCCCAUGGGAGAGUUUGAGAGACAAAUUAUUACAGGUGUUGAUCAACCAAAAAGCGUUGCUGUUGAUGAUCAUGGUAAACUUUAUAUAUUACUACAAGAAGGUACAAUUAAAAUUGUAUCUUUUUGAAACUGAUGAUAGUAUUACCAAUGUCCACACUCCAACGUCUUUCGAGAGUGCAAUUAAAGGGACUAUAAAAUUGGUUCAUCCCUCUGUCUGUCUGUUUGUCUUUCUCUACAAGCUGUCAUCUUCAUUAGCCCACUCGGUGCAGAACAGUAGGACGUUGAACCCCAUUUCACUUACGUCACAGCUCUCGGAACUCAAUGACUCUUGAUUCUAUUAGAUGUCUUGACCGAGUUUGGUAAUGAGCGUCUGCUGCUUAGGCUAAGCAGCUGUUUGUCUGCAAAACUUUUGGGAACACAAUAACUUUUCUAAUGGGGUUUAAUGUCCAUUCGACACAAACUAGGUGAUUUCAGAACUAAUCUAUCAUUCAAUUUUAUUUCAUUAAAUCGCUUGCACGUAUGGGUCGUUGGCAGUGAGAGGAAACCGGAGGCCCCGAAGAAAACCCACAGGGUUGGACAAGCGACCAUACUCCUUGUCAUGUACAAGUGUGGGAUCAAACCACCCCACUUGACUCACUGACGGACCUUAUGAUCUAAAGCACAUGCAUUUGACCAUUAGACCUCCGAACAUUAAACAGAGUACUAAACAAUUUAUUUGGUAGAUGCUUUGUAAAAAGAUAAAUGAGCAAGUAGUUAAUGAGUGUCAUCUAUUUAUUUUGGGAUUGUACUGUGUAUUUAUAUGUACCAUAUAGACUUAUUAAUCUAAUGCCUCUAUAAUUAUAUAUGCACUUUAUACACACAUUUUAAAAACAUAUUAUUCAAGAGCUAAAACUGCCUAUUGCAGGACUUUAUUUUGACUUUAAAUGUUAUAUAAACUAUUAUUUAGACGUGUAUUCACAUGAGAAGCCUAUAAUCAACUCUCUAGAUCAACGGAUGGUCAAGAUUUAAAAGGAUUGAAACAUGAUCGCCAUUUAAUGAUUUAAUUCAAAAAUGGAAAAUUUAGGGCUUAGUCUUGAUUGUCAAGUGCCGGUGCUAUGAUAAUAAACAAUCUAUGCUACAACUGCAAACACCACUAACUUCGCUCAGAAUUAAGUAAUUUGAAUGAAAUUUUCAACAUAUUGAUGUUUCAUUAUCUAUUUUUCAUCUAUUAUAGCAAGAUCGGCCAGUUCUUUAUCUAAAUCUUACAUAAUGCAUCUUUAAACAGACCUGGAAAUCAUGAUUUAACCUUGUACUUGACAAAAUGUCAGGCACUACAUAAUAAGUUAUUUUUAAUUUUGUGCCAGAAAUUUACUGAGUAUAUAAAAAAAAACCACAGAACCUAGACAAAUUUGUACUGGACAAAAUGACAUGCACAAGAAGAAUUGUGUCAGAGAGUUUGUACCUGACAAUGUCUGUGACAGGUGUCUUAUUACCAAACUUGGUUUUAACAUAUAAACAGUUGGUAUUUGAUUUAUAUAUUGAACUUCAGAUUAAAGCUGGUUCUUAAUGGCUUU